AUAGAACUCAGAAGCAAGCCACAAGGGUGAAGAGUGAGAUCGAUGGAAGAGAUUAGUGAGGCUGCAUUAGCUUAUUAUGAAAAUGGAAGUGAAGAGCAGAAGCAGUUGGCACGGGAUUUCUUCAAUAGCCUGGAUGAGGAUGGAAACGGAACAGUGGACGUCCAUGAGUUCAUCAAGAUUCUCAGUGAAGAGGGCCAUGGGUUAGUGAAUAAUUCCGGAUUUUUCCAAGAGCUUGACCGUGAUGGCAAUGAAAGUCUGGAUUUCAAUGAAUUUCUCACCCUAUUCUAUAUCAUUAAAAGCCGUAGUAGGCCUUUCUGUGCUGGGUGUGGAAUUUUUUUGAAGAGUUUGUUUUUCAGUUGCGCUAAGUGCCAUGAAAGCAGCGAUGAAACAUUUGAUCUUUGCUCUGCGUGUUACCGGGGCAAAAGGUUCAGUCACCAGCACGCUGCCUUUUUAGAUAACUACACUUUGUUGGCACACAAGAGGCUCAUCACCCUGGGAGGAAAGGGACAACCAAACACGAGUCAGGCAGCUUCUUCAGGGACAAGUAGUUCCAACCCUAAGCCACCAGAGUCUAAAAGUGCAACUUCUUCACAGAGCAGUUCCAGCGCUAAGCCACAGAAGCCUCAAACCAAAACUUCAGCCAGGCCGAACCCUAAACAAGAGAAAAGAAGGCAGAGAUUAGAGGCUUUUAACAAUGGAAUUGACAUGGGAAACUAUGUUAGUGACGUCGUUACCGGUGAUUGUAGCAUUCUAUAAAAGUGUGUUUGACAACGAUUUUAUAAAAUGUUUUUAUUCUUUUU